GCAGAGCAAGAAGUCGGAUGGAUGUCGUUAGUAGUGAAGAAAAGACCGUGAGCAAGGGCGUCAAUUCUAGGAGGAUGGUGAAAGGGCGGCCAGCAACGUGGUUGCUUGCCGUCGUUCAGAACCUAGGGGAGAUGGGGGAGCUCGUACCAUGAUGAGAUAGCAACUCCGUUGAGCUUGAGCUUGGG